CUACACAUAUGUACCACGUACCUUGGAUCAAAGCUGUCUAUAUAAAGUCCUUGAGUCUGUGUGGGUUCAAACACAUCUCAAAGCUUCUGGAUCCUGUUGGGUUUUACUCUGCUCCCUGAGGACCUCAGCAUAUUUGCCCCCCAGCCAUGGCUUGUCUUGGACUCCGGAGGUACAAAGCUCAACUGCAGUUGCCUUCUAGGACUUGGCCUUUUGUAGCCCUGCUCACUCUUUUCAUCCCAGUCUUCUCUGAAGCCAUACAGGUGACCCAACCUUCAGUGGUGUUGGCCAGCAGCCAUGGUGUCGCCAGCUUUCCAUGUGAAUAUUCACCGUCACACAAUACUGAUGAGGUCCGGGUGACUGUGCUGCGGCAGACAAAUGACCAAGUGACUGAGGUCUGUGCCACGACAUUCACAGAGAAGAAUACAGUGGGCUUCCUAGAUUACCCCUUCUGCAGUGGUACCUUUAAUGAAAGCAGAGUGAACCUCACCAUCCAAGGAUUGAGAGCUGCUGACACGGGACUGUACCUCUGCAAGGUGGAACUCAUGUACCCACCGCCAUACUUUGUGGGCAUGGGCAACGGGACCCAGAUUUAUGUCAUUGAUCCAGAACCAUGCCCGGAUUCUGACUUCCUCCUUUGGAUCCUUGUCGCAGUUAGCUUGGGGUUGUUUUUUUACAGUUUCCUGGUCACUGCUGUUUCUUUGAGCAAGAUGCUAAAGAAAAGAAGUCCUCUUACAACAGGGGUCUAUGUGAAAAUGCCCCCAACAGAGCCAGAAUGUGAAAAGCAAUUUCAGCCUUAUUUUAUUCCCAUCAACUGAAAGGCCGUUUAUGAAGAAGAAGGAACAUACUUCAGUCUCUAAAAGCUGAGGCAAUUUCAACUUUCUUUUUCUCUCCAGCUAUUUUUUUUACCUGUUUGUAUAUUUUAAGGAGAGUAUGCCUCUCUUUAAUAGAAAGCUGGAUGCAAGAUUCCAAUUAAGCAUACUACAAUUUAAAGCUAAGGACCAUGAACAGAGAGCUGGGAUAUUUCUGUUAUGUCAGAACCAUUUUAAUAAUAGCAUCACUUGGAAGCAGCAUAAGGAUAUAGCAUUAUGGUGUGGGGUCAAGGGAACAUUAGGGAAUGGCACAGCCCAAAGAAAGGAAGGGGGUGAAGGGAGAGAUUAUAUUGUACACAUAUUGUAUUUACCUGAGAGAUGUUUAUUACUUAAAUAAUUUUUAAAUUUUUCAUGCUGUUAUUUUCUUUAACAAUGUAUAAUUACAUGAAGGUUUAAAAAUUUAUUCACACAGCUAUGUGACAUAGCCAGUGGUUCCAAAGGUUGUAGUGUUCCAAGAUGUAUUUUUUAAGUAAUAUUGUACAUGGGUGUUUCAUGUGCUGUUGUGUAUUUGCUGGUGGUUUGAAUAUAAACACUAUGUAUCAGUGUCAUCCCACAGUGGGUUCUGGGGAGGUUUGGCUGGGGAGCUUGGGACACUAAUCCAUCAGGUUGGACUCAAGGUCCUGCACCAACUUGCUUGGAAACUAGAUGAGGCUGUCACAGGGCUCAGUUGCAUAAACUAAUGGUGAUGUCAGAACUGGGUCUUUACACUCAUUUUAGGUUUUGUUUCUGCUUUUGUUUUCUUCAAUGAUUUGCAAGGAAACCAAAAGCUAGCAGUGUCUGUAUGAACCUGACAGAACACUGUCUUCAAGGAAAUGCCUCACUCCUGAGACCAGUAGGUCUGGUCUUUUAGGAAGCUCCAAUACUAGGGCCCCCUACAGUACUAUGGCUCCUCGAAAACACAAAGUUAAUGCCACAGAAAGCAGCAGAUGGUAGGAUGGGAUGCACGAGAGUUCCUGAGAACUAACACUGUUAGUGUUUUCUUUUUAACUCAAUAUUUUCCAUGAAAAUGCAACCACAUGUAUAAUAUUUUUAAUUAAAUAAAAGUUUCUUGUGAUCGUUU